AUGUCACUAACCCCAACACCUUUGUGGUUUUCUCUGUCUCUAGUUAACAUAUCUUCUCCAAGUUCAGUUGAAAUUGGCUCUUCAUUUAAUCUGACAUGUUCAGUGCGCGUAACCAAAGAACAGUCAGUUAGUAUAGCUGUAGACUGGUUCCGGCCAACAUAUACAUUUGAGACGCCGUCAAAUCCUCCUAUGAAUUACAAACUAAACAACAUUUUGACCGGAAAAUUUGAUAUACACUCAGAUGGCACAGUGGAUAGAAAUGUUACUAAAAGAAUUGGUGAGCUGGCACAUUCAUUUCAACAGGUAACCAGUAGAUCAUCAAUGGGAAUUACUAUUUAUAAACAAGUAACCGGUGAAUUAAAUAAUUAUUAUCGCACUGAAGUCCUUCUCACUGUACAGUCAGCUAGAGAAACUGACAGUGGUUUGUAUGAAUGUAGAGUGUAUGAAGCAGCAAAUUAUGGACAAGAAAAUAUUGUGGAUAGAGCUUUUUUAGAUAUCAUCGUAAGAAAAAGAUUUCCACAUAAUUCAUUGGAACAAUCUGAAUUAAAUGCAAAAGUCAGGAAUCUUUUGUCGAUAUUCUGGAAUUUGAAUCCCUCCGUACAAAACGAUAGACGACAUGACCAACACGCACAAAAUGAUGUUGCAGCCAGAGUUAAAGCAAGAUAUACGAAACAGGAUAUAAAUCAGAUUACAGAUGAUGUAUUCCACUCACUGAAUAUCAAUAACCAAUAUUUCUCAAAUGUAAAAGAAAUCCGACCCAGUUUACAAGAAUUACAAAAUCCUCGUAUGAGAGUUAGAACUAUUAAAAAUUGUAUAUCUCAUUUAUUCGUUCAAAGAACACUUUUAUGCUUUUCAAUCAUUUUAAACAAACUACUAACUGCUAAACUAAACAUUUAA